AUCUCACUGAAGUCUGAAACACUCUCUCUGACUCUCUCUCAGUCUCUCUCUCUCCAUAAAUACAUGCUACAUACGAUUGUUUCUUGCAGUUGAUCGAAGAGUGAUCAGUCGGUUUUCCACAAUUUGAAGUCCAUUCUGUUCAUCAUCACAUAUAGUAACCAAGCUAUUUGGCUUCUUUUUUUCCCUGAAAGAUGGUCAACUUUGGUAAAAAGUUGAAGGAAACGCAAAUUCAAGAAUGGCAAGGAUAUUACAUUAACUAUAAGAUGCUUAAGAAGAAAGUAAAGCAAUAUUCUCAACAAAUUGAGGCUGGAGCUCAAGAUCCUUUUUAUAUUCUUAAGGACUUCUCGAGGAUGCUGGAUAACCAGAUUGAAAGGAUUGUCUUGUUCUUCCUGGAACAACAAGGGAUACUUGCAAGCAGGUUAUCCGCUCUUGGAAAACAACCUGAUGCCCUUUCACAACAUGCAGAUCUAUCUAGAUUAUCUGAAGUACAAGCAGCAUAUAGAGAUGUUGGACGCAAUCUUUUGAAGCUUCUCUUUUUUGUUGAAAUGAAUGCCAUUGGGAUCCGAAAGAUACUGAAGAAGUUUGACAAACGUUUUGGAUAUAGGUUCACAAAUUACUAUAUCAGAACUCGGGCAAAUCAUCCGUAUUCUCAGCUGAGACAAGUGUUCAGACAUGUGGGUAUUGGGGCUGUUGUAGGAGUAAUAUCUCACAAUCUAGCUGAGCUUCAAGGUCAUCACGGGAACUGUGUAUCAAUUUAUGAUCAGCCUGCUCUUCAUCUACCGGACCCUGUUAUGGACUCCAUAAAAGCAUCAGUUGACCGACUAACAAACUCAACGAAUUUCCUAGAAUAUUUGGGUAAACAUGCACUUAUUGUGCAAGAGGAGUUGCCAACUCCAUUUGAGGAUGAUCAUGUUCUUGAUGAGAGAUAUCAUUUUAUGUCGCUUCUUUUGAACUUGGUGAACACGUUUUUGUAUAUGGUCAACACGUACAUUGUUGUCCCAACAGCAGAUGACUACUCUCUAAGUCUUGGAGCUGCUGCUAGUGUUUGUGGUGUUGUGAUUGGUGCAAUGGCGGUUGCACAGCUGUUUUCUUCAAUAUAUUUUAGUGCAUGGUCAAAUAAAUCCUACUUGAGACCUCUUGUGUUUAGCAGUGUUGUUCUUCUUGUGGGGAACACCUUAUAUGCCCUGGCUUAUGAUCUCAACUCUAUAUAUGUUCUUCUUAUUGGCCGCCUAUGUUGUGGGUUAGGUUCUGCCAGAGCUGUUAACAGGCGUUACAUCACUGAUUGUGUACCCCUGAAAAUGCGAAUGCAGGCUUCUGCAGCUUUUGUUAGUGCUAGUGCCCUUGGAAUGGCAUGUGGUCCAGCUCUUGCUUGCUUUCUUCAGAUACGGUUUAAGCUCUUCCAAAUUACAUUUAAUGAAGUAACUUUACCUGGAUGGGUUAUGGCUAUGGCAUGGCUUGUCUACUUAGCAUGGUUAUGGAUUUCAUUCAAAGAGCCGCCUCCUUACAAGGCUAAAGAUAAUACAGCAUCCCAGGAUGCCAAAAGUGGACAACUAGAAGCUGGUGUUGUUGAGGACGGUGCUUCCCAACCAUUGCUUGUAAGCUUGGGAGAUAAGCAAUGCAGUGAAGAUAGAGAAGAAGAAGACUGUGAUGUUAGUGAAGAAGCUCCUGAGGAUACUCACAAGCCUGUCACUUCGAUUGUGUCUGCAUACAGAUUGCUUACUCCAUCUGUAAAGGUUCAGCUAUUUGUAUAUUUCAUGCUCAAGUAUGCAAUGGAGAUUUUACUCGCGGAAUCAAGUUUGAUCACCACGUAUUACUUUCUUUGGUCAACCACCAAUGUGGCUAUUUUUCUUGCGUGUCUUGGGAUGACAGUCCUUCCUAUUAAUACCGUUGUCGGAAGCUACAUGAGUAGCAUAUUUGAGGAAAGGCAAGUAUUACUGGCAUCACAAAUUAUGGUUUGCUUUGGGAUAGUUCUAAGCUUCCAUGUAAUAGGACCUUACUCUGCCCUGCAAUAUGUCUGCUCGGCUCUUAUCACAUUUGUAGCCGCUGAAGUUCUCGAAGGUGUGAAUCUAUCACUCCUAUCUCGAGUCAUGUCAUCCCGGCUUUCGCGUGGGACAUACAACGGUGGGCUGCUCUCAACAGAAGCUGGGACCCUGGCUCGAGUAAUUGCAGACGGGACAAUAACAUUGGCCGGGUACUGGGGUAUGAAUGGGCUCCUGAAUAUCACCCUACUUCCUGCCCUUUUCGUCUGUUUCUCUUCCCUUGUAGCCACCUGCUUUACCUACAAUUCUCUCUAUUGAUUAGACUUUCUUAGCAUAAUCUUGCUCUGAUGUAGAUUCAAUGGUGUACGCGAAUCAAACUAGCUUCCUGAAAUCGCUUAUGUAAUCUAAUGCCGAAUGAUAAUGUAGUGGAAAUAUAGUUUCCAUGUGGAAUUGACAAUGUGAAUUUAUAUAGAUAUUGUCGAACGAGGAGAUCAUAUCAGCC